AGACACAAUGCAGGGCUGGCUCCGACUCAUUCUUGCGUGUUGCUUUGCGGCUUUGAUUCUGGCCAGCGAACCGGUGGCUAAAAGGCCGGCUCUUCUUUCGAGAUAUGGUCGCGCCGUCUUGUCUCGAUAUGGAAAACGAGCACUCACAAGAGUGAAAAAUCCCAACAGUGAUUUGCUGCUUUGCCGAAGUGCGAAUGGAGGAAUUGUCUGCGCACCAUACAACGACGAAGAGAGGAAAUGAACCCUAUCUGCACACGAUGUAUCACGAAAAAAAUUGCUAUGUUAGCUAUCGUCACCACUGUAAUCAAUUGUUGGUCCUAUUUGAACAGAUUUAUUUAUACAUUGAUAAUCUGCAGAUAUUCGAAACAAUAAAACUGUAAGUUGAGGAACUGAGGCAAGCAUUAUGCGAAUCCUGACUUCUCGAUCG